AAAAAUUACAAUAUCGAGUGUAAGGCUCUGCUCUUUGAUUCCCUCUAUAAAACAGGAGAACAGAGCAGACAGCCAUAGUCGCAAACCAUUUCCACGCUUCUUCCCAUAAUUGUUUCCCGUGAGACUCUGUAACUGUCCAAAACCUCAAUCCUCGCUCGAAUUCUAAUUUCCGACCGCCAUUACCAGUUCUCUGUUUUCCCUUUUUGGUUGUGGAAGAGGAUAAUAUCAUCUAUUAACAGACAAUGGCUGAGAAGAGCAAGAUAUUGAUCAUCGGAGGUACUGGCUACAUCGGAAAGUUCAUCGUGGAAGCGAGUGCCAAAUCUGGGCACCCGACCUUCGCUUUGAUCAGAGAGAGCACCGCUUCUGAUCCUGCCAAAGCCAUGCUCGUCGAGACUUCUAAGAACUCUGGGGUCACCUUCCUCUACGGGGAUCUUUACGAUCAUGAGAGCUUGGUGAAGGCGAUCAAGCAGGUUGAUGUUGUCAUCUCUACCGUAGGUCACGCUCAGUUAGCAGAUCAAGUAAAGAUCAUCGCCGCCAUCAAGGAAGCUGGAACUGUGAAGAGGUUCUUCCCUUCGGAAUUUGGGAACGAUGUGGAUCGUGUCCAUGCCGUUGAGCCAGCAAAGACAGCUUUUGGGAUCAAGGCUCAAAUCCGCCGGACUGUUGAAGCUGAAGGAAUACCCUACACCUAUGUCUCUUCCAACUUCUUCGCCGGCAGGUUCCUCCCGAAUCUAUCACAGCCCGGAGCCACUGCACCUCCUAGAGACAAGGUCGUCAUAUUAGGAGAUGGAAACCCCAAAGCAAUUUUUAACAAGGAGGAAGACAUUGCGACCUACACGAUUAAAGCUGUGGAUGACCCAAGAACCUUGAACAAGAUCCUCUACAUAAGGUCACCAGGCAACAUUUCUUCAUUCAAUGACCUUGUGUCCCUUUGGGAGAAGAAGAUUGGCAAGACCCUUGAAAGGGUUUAUGUUCCAGAGGAGCAAUUACUCAAAAACAUCCAAGAGGCCCCUGUUCCAGUGAAUGUGAUAUUGUCGAUUGGACAUUCGGUAUUUGUGAAGGGAGAUCAUACAAACUUCGAGAUAGAGGAUUCAUUUGGGGUGGAGGCAUCUGAGCUUUAUCCUGAUGUAGAAUACACCACCGUCGAUGAAUAUCUGAAUCAGUUUGUUUGAGAUUCUUCUCCACUCUUUCUCCUGAAUAGUGUGUUCUGUUCAGUGUUUGGGCUGUGCACUUUGGUCAGUAAUUAACUAAUAACUAGUAAAUAAAUGUGGGUUUGUUAUCGUA